AUGAGGCGCUUCGGUCUUCUGGCCUUUGUGGCUGGGCUAUGGGUGACCUUGGCCUCUGCGCAGUCCAGCACCACAUUGUCGGCCGCACCCACUUUCACACCCACAACGGCCUGGUCGAUCCCCAAUGGUGCAUGUAGCUCAGGCGGGAGCAACGCCAACGGUGGUGUUUUCGAGGAUGUGUUUGGAAACUUCUGGGAAGUGUCUUGUGGACAAGGUUUCUCCGGGUCCAACUACUACGAUCCCAGCCCUUACUACGAAACGACCACUGGUAUUGGUAUGCAAGCCUGCUUUAAUGGCUGCGCACAACGUGUCAACUGUAUUGCUUUCACAUUCUACGGCACCACCACAAGUGGUAGCACGGGGACAGGAGUAUGCUUCAACUACUAUGGUGGCACUCAAGGCUCGCUUUUGGCCCAAUCGUCGACGAACUCCUAUAGCGUCGUGGCUGGAUCCUAUCCCAACUACGGCUCAGCUUAUCUGAUCCAACAGAACACCGUCCAGUUCCCCUGCCCAUCGUACAACGGAUCAUACUACAAUGAUGCAUACGCACAUACCUACUACGUCCUCUGCGGGUUCGAUGGUGGAUCAAACAUUGGACCCAGUAGUAACGUUCGGGGAGGUCCCAACGCUGGCGGUUGCUUCGCUACCUGUGACACGGCUUCUGGUGCAACUUGUAAUGGCAUCGACUACGGCUAUGGUGGAGCCGAACAGUCGACCACCCAGGGCAAUGGACAAUGCAACAACAAGGGCGCUAUUGUCAUGAGUCAGGUUUCCGUCGUGUCAAGCUCAAUGCUUGCUAUUGCGACCAUUGCUCCUCCUACCACGUAA